AUGUUUCCCUUUGCAGAAGGAACUUCUAUUGUUCGCCCACCACUCCUCAAUGAUUCCAACUAUCCUUAUUGGAAGGUUAGAAUGAGAGCCUUUAUCAAGUGUCAAAAUGAGAAAGCAUGGAGGAUGGUUUUUUCAAGAUGGUCUCCUCCUAUUGUGGUAGAUUCCAAAGGUAAUUCUAAAUUAAAAUAUGAACUUGAAUGGUCUAGUGAAGAUGAUAAAUUGUCUGCUUAUAAUAGCAAAGCUUUACAUGCUAUAUUUAAUGGAGUAAGUGAAGGCUGUAUUAAGCUUAUAUCUUCUUGUGAAUCUGCUAAGGAUGCUUGGCAGAUUCUUCAAACUCAGUUUGAAGGAACUUCUGAUGUUAAGCGUUCUAGGUUUAUUAUGCUUCAGACCAAAUUUGAUGAUCUUAGAAUGUCUGAAUCUAAAACCUUGUCUGAGUUUUAUGAAAGACUAUCUGAUAUAGCUAAUGAAUAUUUUGCUCUUGGUGAGAAGCUUGAUGAAUCUGUUCUUAUCAGAAAAAUUGUUAGAGUUCUUCCAAACAGGUUUGACACUAAACUCUUGGCUAUGGAGGAAGCAAAAGAUUUUAGCAAGAUGAAGGUGGAGGAGUUAAUGGGUGAUUUGCGUACUUUUGAAUUGAAUCAACAAAUCAAGCAGAAGGACAAACCCAAGUCCAUUGCUGAUAGAGGUAAAGGUCAAAGAGGCUUUACUGGUCUUGGAUCAAAUGGUACUGAAAGUUCUGGAAAAACAAAAUUUGUAAAAUCUAGUGUUCCAACAAAUUUAACUGCUGCUGCAAAUUUAAGAUCUGUUGCAGCAAAAAUGUCGUCUGUAGAAGCAAAGUCUCCACUAAGUUCAAAAAGGAUAAAAUCUCAGGUAAGAAAUGGUUGUUCUAGAUAUAUGACAAGUGACAAGGAUUUUAUAGUGAAUAUCAAACCAGUGCAAUGUGGUGAGGUCACGUUUGACAAUGGUCUAACAGGAAAUGUCAUUGGUGUGGGAACUCUCAAUUUUGAAGGGUUACCAAGGUUGAAAAAUGUUAUGCUUAUUGAGGGACUAAAAGCUAAUUUACUUAGCAUUAGUCAGAUUUGUGAUCAAGGUUAUACCGUCAAUUUUGACAAUGAUCAUUGUUUUGUUCUUAACAGUAAUAAACAAUGCAUUUUACAAGGGUUUAGAUCUGUUGAUAAUUGCUACACUCUCACAUCUGUUCUUACUUGUCAUUCUGCAUGUGAAAAUACUAGUGCUGCAUAUAUUUCUAAAAAUCUUGUUCAACGUUCUCGUACAAAAUACAUUGAUAUAAGGCAUCAUUUUAUUAGGGAACCUGUUGACAACCAAACAUUGUAG